GACCGUCACCUUCUGCGGUCCUCGGGAUCCGAUCGAAAGCUGCAAACAUUCAGCAUCACCACCAACGUCCGUUUACAUCUGGACGUAUUUGAUAUAGCAAGUUAUCUAGAUAGUUAGGUCGAUAUCAUGCUGGGCGAUGCUUUUGGACAUCGUGUUGAGUCGAGCGUGGAGAAUAAAGCAGUGAAGAUGAAGAAAAGCAGAUCCAAGCAAGCGCUCUUGAAGAAGAGAGGACGAAACGUGCACAGCAAACCCAACAAAUCACUCAAACCAGCUCACUCCAAACCAGCCACCAAUAAACAGCAACUGAAGUUAAAAACCGAAAGUGUUGAACGAGGGAUCCAGCCCAGCAGACCGUCUGUCCACAGCUCGAGCCGGCUUGAGCAAACCACCGACAACCUGAUCAAACGGAGACAGUGGAGCAAGCAAAGAAAUGCAGCGGACAACACUCAGCUUCCCCAAAGACAGGAGAACCCUUUCAGCGAGCCGCCCUCGCCCCGCGUCCUCCCCAAACCGCCCAGCCACUGGGUGGGAGAAGGUGCUCUUCAGCAGCACUGCAGCAAAGAGCAGAUGUCUGUGCACCUCAAAACCCUGCUGAAGGUCUGAGCAGAACCCUGAGCUCGAAUCUGAAAUGGGACACUAUAGAAAAUAAAGCGGACUUGCUAC